AUGAACACUUUUGAAAAGCUGCAACAUGUCUGUAUUGAAUAGGUUGGAUAAUUAAUUAAUGCACAAAAGAAUUAAUAAUUAAUACAAUACAAUUGUAUUAAUUUUAAUUUUAUAUACAUAGAUAUUUAUCAAUCUGUUAACUUGUCUGAAUCAGACAAUUUUCCUGGAGAUCCCUUACUUACAUAAAUUUAGAUUCUUUAUAAGUUUUUUUACAGUAGUAGAUGA